GAUGUUGUCAUUGUGGGUGCCGGGCCAGCUGGGCUAGCAACUGCGUUACUGCUGGCCCAACAGCAGAGCCCGCGCUGGGAGCGGAUCGUCUUGCUAGAGAAGCGACCGUCUAUCGACGCGGAGGAGGCUGACAAGUCGUACACAUAUAUGAUCGACGGCCGGGGCUUCUCGCUGACCGACUCUGCGGGCGUUACGAAGGCGGUGGAGGCGGCGGGUGUCUGCUCUACGGGGCUAUCGAUUUCGCGGGUUUACCCGGACUGCACCUACAGCGAACGCCGUUUCGACUUCAAGGACUCCUCGCGAGCUUCCGUUUGGUUGCCCCGACGGGCCUUUCUGCGGGCCCUGCACAGCGGCCUAGCGGAGGCGGAGCAGCAGGGCCGGGUGCGGAUUAUGUACGACGCCAAAGUGACGAACAUCGAGCUAGCGGCACCAGGACGAGGACGUGCGUCCGCCGCCGUAUUACCUAUUGCCGUACAUGUUCGUGAAGCCGGCGGCGCCGGGCGGGAGCUGUGUUUUACCCCCCGUUUGCUUGUAGGAGCUGACGGAGCGGCCAGUGAAGUGCGCCGGGCGCUAGAGCUCUGGGCGCCGACGGCGGGCCUUCCCGAAGGAACCUUCAGUCCCGUGGUGCUCGACUCGCCAUCCGCGGGCCUCCGCUACAAGGUGUUGAACGUGCCCCCCAACCCUCCCGGCAGCAGUCACCGCGUCCUACCAAACUCGCAGUUUGCGAUGAUCCCCAGUAUCAAGGCACCUAGGCAGCGGGCCAUGCAGCUCGGGAUGCUGCCCUUCCGGGACCCGAGCUCUCCGAGGACUGCCAACGUCAUCGCGCCAUCUGACCACGUCUUUUGGACGCUCGACACCGGGGAGAAGCUGGGUGCCUUCCUGCAGGCGAGUUUACUAUCCUUCCCGCAACUCGACGUCUCAGCGCUCUUCAACGAACAGCAGCUGGAGGCCGCCGCCAAGUCGCGUGGCGGAUCCUUCCCGCGCCCGCAGUACAUGCGCCAUUUCAUUGCCGUACUGCCGUACACGCCACGCGACAGCGACCAGCAGUUUGCCGCCGCCGCCGCCGCCGCCGCCUCCUCCUCCUGUGGCGUGGUACUUUUGGGAGACGCGAUACACUGCUUUCCACCGGACCUGGGCCAGGGAGUAAACAGCGCCAUGCAGGACGUGAUGGAAUUUGCAAAGGCUCUACACGAGGAGGAUGGCAACCUGGCCCGGGCGCUGCCUCUUUACGAGGGGCGCCGGGCGCCAGAGGCCGCGGCGCUGGCUGAGAUAAUGACUUUCGGAGCGCCGUACCAGUACAGUCAGGAUAAAAUUCGGCGCGCCCUGUGGGGCUUGAAUGUAAUGCUUCGGAUGUUUCUCCAUCGGCUGGCUCCAAAGGUGUUUUCGCAGCAAACGUUCGUACUGAUACAACAGGCGGAGAUGAGCUAUGCGCAGGUG